AUGGCGCUGAUAGUAUCGUGCAGCCCCUAUGCAACCACGCAGAUGGUAUCACUGGAAGUUGGGCCAGAAGCGACCCGCUUCCUCGUCCACGACAGUGUCUUGAGCCGUAGCGAAGUCCUUGCCGCAAAGUCCUAUCCACUGGCCUUCGUCAAGCAAUCCGUACUUCUCCCGGAACUGGAUCUAAACACAGCACACACUCUGGUACACUACUUAUAUACCGGCAAAUACCAGAGUCUCAAUACACUGGCAUCGUCGGACAAAGUCAUACCCGAAGUCUACAAGCUCGGCGCCGGUGUAUACUGCGCUGCCGCUCGCUACAAGCUACCCGGUCUUGCUGAGCUUGCGCAGAACAAGCUGAAGUCUCUCGACGAAGAGAUGAGCAUUUUCGAUAUCCUCACCGUCGCGAGAGACCAUGCAUUCCCUUUGCUACCAGAAGAUGAUCUGUGGUAUCCGGGCUAUGUUGAACAGUCGCUCAACGAUGCCAUGGCGGACGAUCCAGAGCCGUUCCGCAAGCCGGACUUCAUUACGACGGUGGAGGGUAAUAGCAGGCUCCUGCAACUCGUCUGGAAGACUGUGAUGAGUAACUACGCUCGAGCGCCUGCGACGCCAGUUGUCAGUAACGAAGAAGCUUCCACUCCAACAGCUGAGCUCGUGCCGGAGCUGCAUGAGCCGGCCGGUGGUGAAGUCGCUAUUCCUACAAUUGCGUCACCCAAGGAGGAAGACGUAGAAGAGACCGCAGCGAAGUCGGUGUCAGCGUCUUCUCCAAAGGAUGUCGUUGAUGAAGCACCAGUUGCAAACGAAGCAAUCGUUUCAAAGCCAACUGAAGAAAUCGCACCGAAGCUUGAAGAAGCACAACCCGUCGAGAAGCCAGCAACGCUCGAGCCCUUCACGGACGAGCUGGACUUCAAGUCCUCAAAAACGUACCAGCAGAUGGGCAACAGGAAGCCUGAGCCAGUGGAAGCUAGUGUCCCUAUGCCGAAAGUACCAGUCCAUGUACGUUCGGACUCGGUGAUGCAGGUCGAGAAGCCGUCGGUAACAUCUGUCGAUGGAGAGAUGAAGACUGAUGAUGCUGCACAAGUAGAAGCUACGCCCGACAGAGCAGUGGCCGAUUUGGAAGAGUUGGAAGCUCUUGCAACUCAAGGAAAGAAGAAGAAGAGUAAGAAAGCCAAGAAGUCGAAGCAGGGUCUUGUCGAGUAG